CGGCUUGCCGAAGUUUGCUUUCUUUAUUGUUUUAUUUUUUUGCUUAAAAGACCGAUUAAUAUUGACCACUUUCAAUUUAGCCUUCACUCAAACCAACUUUCCUGAUUUUGAACGUUUUUGGUUUUCUUUUAUCCAAAAGCUCAACUAUCGCGCAUUCUACGUAUUCAUUUGGGCGCAUUAUCUUAUUCCCUUGUUGCCUAUUUAUCGUCAUGAAUUUGCAAUAAUUUUUAUGCCAUAUUCGUAAAGUUGGGUAAAAACAUUAUAUUUCUAAUCCCUUGGAGAAUUGGUAUCUGCGGAGUUCAGGAGCGUAUGCAGAAUUUCAGCAGGGCGACCCUUAUUUCGCUUAUGGUUUUAAAUAAAUUGAACGCUAAAGGGCGGGACUGUGUUUUUGAGAAAUGUGCGAAUCGGGUCAGUUUCCUUGUAGUUAACGACCGAGGAUCAGUCGAGUUGGGCUUUCAGUGUCGCAGGUUCAUAGAUUCAAAAUGCAGCUGCCUUUAAAUAUAUUCGGUUUGAUUUUUGCUCUUAUCAUCCUGAAGAAAAUUAGGGCAGACAUUCCCGGUUGUGACUACUUCGAUACUGUCGAUAUCUCACAUCUCUCAAUCCCUACAUGUACCUAAUGACGAUGGACCAAACGGUUGAGAAUCGGGUUCCUGUGAUCGAAAUGGCCGUUAUAAGGGAUCCGUUUUGGAAUUGUGACGAGGUGCUCAGCCUGAAGAACGAUGAGUUCACUUUUAUGCAGAACGGCACCUUACUUAUCCACUCGUCUGAGGAGUACCUAAACAAUUACCAAUACUGUCUGUACCCCAAGUUUUAUACGGACUUCCCAAAGUAUAUAUGGGUUGUCGUGCACAGGUGCAUGACGAUAUUGCUCCCAGGGACCCUCGAAGUCUCGGUGAUAUCGUUGAUAUGCUUUAUCCUUACGAUCGCAGUGUAUCUUUACGUUGAGAAGCUUCGAAAUGUGAUUGGCAAGUGCCUCAUUAGCUGCAUAUUCGGAAGGUUCAUGGAGACCCUUAACAUGAUACUGGAUGACUUGAGCGUAUUAAAUGGCAUUUGCUCAUCAGCAGGCUAUAGCUUAUACUUCUUCAAACUGGCUUCCAGUCUCUGGCACACAGUCAUCAGCUACCAUGUGUGGAAAGGAUUCAAAUCUAUUAUUCGGAACGAACCUCGUCAUCAAUUCCUCACCUACAGUGUCUUUGUAUGGGGAACUGCUUUAAUCCCGACCGGAAUAAUUUAUUUAAUUAAUCAAUCGUGGAAUAACGAUUUGCAUAAAUGGAACUGGAUGCCCUUGGUCGGUUUUAGUCAAUGCUCGGUAAAAGAUUCGAACUCUUCUUCUUGGAUCUAUUACUUUGGACCUUUACAGAUCCUAAGCACCUUCAAUGCGGCCAUGUUCACCUCGACGGCCAUUCACAUUCGAAAAGUGAGACGACAAUUAAUGAAUUUCCGGCAGGAAAAGACAGCGAGCAGUCUUCAUUUCAACAGUCAGACUUACUUGGAGUUUCUGAGGCUAUCUGUUUUGAUGGGCGUAUCCUGGACCCUGGAUUUUGUUCCUUUUUUUGCGCAUAGCGCCAAUUUUUGGUGGCCAGUCGUUUGGGCUCUUAAAUAUUACCAGAAGGGCUUCGGUAUUAUUAUUUUUAUUCUUCUUAUCCUUAAGCGCAGUACUAUCGUACUGAUUAUUAAUAGUUUUCGAGAAAACCGGUAGCAGCAGUGUCAUAACGAUCAGAGGGAAACUAACUUUACUGAAUCAGCGCUAUGGAUCACCAAAAAUGUUCCAAAAUGGCAUUAUUUCGAUGUGCUGAUCUGGCCUCCACCAUAAAACUGGAAUAUGGGUGUCUUCGAUCAUUUUUUAGUUCGACCAUAGAAGGAAAGAAUAU